UUUAUAUGUGGUAACCGGUCAGCAGUGUUGAGGACGGGAAGAAGGUAUUUCUCCCGGGUACUGCUAUGGGAUGCGGAUACACCUCAUGCUAAAUCAAUGGAGAAAUUCCGAGAAGCAACUCCAUUGAUGACGUAUGCUCUGGAUAAUGCAGGGAGCUUUGGGAAAAGAGACUGGCUGGCUGCGUUGACGCUGCUCACUACUCGAAAAGGCUCUGGACGGAAUCAUCAAGUGUAUCGAGAUUUCAUGGCGAAGGUGGUCUCUCAACGGGAAGUGUUCGGCAAGGCUUCAAUUCAUCUCAUGUUGCAUAGGCUGGCAGUCAUUGGCGCUUCGGCAACAGUUUGGCAAUUGGUACCGUUCGUAACGGCCCAACUUUCAGCAUUGCAGCCGCGACAAGUCUGCCUUAUAUCCUGGGCCCUUGCCAAGGCUAAGGUCCUCGACGAUAAUUUCAACGAGAAGUUGAGACUUUGGUUGCAGAAGAUAGAGCCUGAGGAGCUCAGCAAGCUGGAUGCUGCUCAUCUUGCCUGGAGUUACGCUAGACGGGCGGAGAUCGCCAAGAUGGAGAAUCAAUCCCCUCCAGGGGUUGAGGAACUUCAGUGCCUUCGACGGUUGAUAGUAGUGCAUAGUGGGCCAUCUCAUGGCGAAAGUGAGAAGGUUGAAGGAGCCUAUAUUAGUGAGAGUCAUAGCUCUUCGACACUGAUGAAAGCGGCCGCUGAACUAUUCUCUAAGGAUCUGGGACUCUUCACUCAACUGAGCGACACCAUACGGGCGGCUGUCGAGGGAGGUGAAUUUGCAUUCACGAGCCAGGAGCUCACGGCUCUGUGGCUGUCUACGGUCAUCAUAGCCGCAUCGCACAGAGCGCACAUCAAACGAGAAUGGAUCGAGUUCCUCCAAGAGCAGAGCCGCCGACUGCGGUUGGAUAUUGCAUUUAAUCAGUUCAUGUGCCUUAGCAUCGCGAGAGCUGCGACUGCCCUGGAUGCAUUAGAUCCUCGAGUGAUUUACCAGCUCAUUCACUUCGUUGAUAAAAGGGGUCUCAACAUGAAGGCCGAGACGGGAGUCGAGCUUGCGGAGAUAUUCGCUAAAGCAUCAAUCGACGACCUUAAUGCUUGGAAGCGACUAGCCGUACUGUUUGAGAGGAGAGGUAUCAGCCUGCAGCUACGCGAUCUUCAUCGGUUUAAAAGGGCAUUCGAGCGAUCGGGCCGAAUUAACCAACGUGUAAUGGGCUUUUACGAUCUCUUUGUGAAGGCCAGAGAAGACGAGCGAAAAUAUGGCCCUGCAUGA